CUUACACAACCAUCUCCGUUCCUCUACAGUUACGAACACGCAAAUCCCAUCCCCGAAGCAGAGCUAUGCGCACGUCACGACGUCGGUGACGAUGGCAUCAUCUACCGAGUUCCAUGCACCGGUCACUGGCCACUACAACAUCCCUGCACCACACGCUUCCCAUGGCGGAACCAACAACUUCUACUUCAAUACACCCAGCAGCUCCGCGAACACCAACUCUCCCCGCCGCCCGAUACCAAGCUACCCUCUCCACUCCAUUGCACCAACCAAGACAUUCGUUCAACGACCGACCCUCCGAGAAAGCAUCCGAGAGCAGUUGCUCAGACCCCUCGAUGUCAACAGACCAGGAGAAGUAAAAAAGGUCGGCGUAUGGGGGAUGGGUGGAGCCGGAAAGUCGCAGCUGGCUCUGAGCUACCUGGCGUACUAUCGAACCCACUACGAUGCUACAUUCUGGAUCCAGGCUGAUCAGACCGCCUCGAUCGACCGAGACUUCCUGGCCAUCUACCGUCUGAUAACACAGACUUCAUUUCUGCCUCCCACGGGGCCUGCAGAAGUGAAGCAAGCGGUACUCUCCUGGUUUGCAAGAGAAUCCGGAAAGUGGCUUCUAGUUUUCGAUGGAGCAGACUAUUUGCUCAAGACAGAUAAAGACUACGUGCCACUAUCCGAAUACUUUCCUGCAUCUUCGAACAUCCACAUUAUCAUAACUAGUCGAUCAUCCAUCGCCAAAGCCUUGUCCACAUUCGAAGGAGUACCUGUUGGAGACCUUGAGGAGUCACAAAGUGUUGAGCUCUUCUUGAACUGCGCAGAGAUUCAAUCCUCACAGGAGAGAGUAUUAUCUCAAGUAAAAGAGAUUGCGCAUGAAAUGGGUCAUCUUGCCUUGGCAAUCAACAUAGCAGGAAGAUUCGUGUCACAGAACCCGAGGUUACGCUCAAACUUAUCCGAAUAUCUCAAAGACUUCCGUCGCCGGCGACAUAAUCUUCUCUCAGAGAAGCCCGAGGAACUGGUUGAAAGAUACAACCACAGUGUUAUGACAGUGUGGGAGACCUCUUACUCCGCAGUAUAUGAACAACUUCCAGAGGCAUGUCGACUUCUUACACUACUGUCUUUUAUUCACAAUGAAGACAUUUUCCUCGAGCUGUUCGGACUGGACAGUGAUUCGAACUCGAUAUCUGGUUCAGACUCGAUAGCUUCUACAGAUGCAAUAGCUGUCUCAGACUCCGUUCCUGACUCAGACUCGAACUCAGACUCGAUCUCUGGUCUAAGCUCCAUACCAGUCAUCCCAUGGACGUCGAUUUUCAAUUCACAUACCAACAUGGACUUUCAUCGCUUGGAAGGGUGUUUUAUGCUUCUUGAGAAAUACUCGCUGUGCCAGCGUCAAGAAACACAAAAUUCGUAUUCGAUCCAUCGUCUUAUUCAUUGCUGGGGCUAUGAUCGACUACAAGGCGACGGUGACGAAAUCAAAAAGUUCUGGCAUGCAGCAUCUCAGUUCCUCCAGGAGUAUCUCGAGGCCAUCGGCGAUAGCUUGAGCACACCGGCUUCAAAACUCCGCCUCGUACCACACCUCGUAGAGAACACCCAGAGCUACCGAAGAAUUUCGAAACCGUUUCUGUGGGAUCAAUGUGGGCCGCUGCGGUCUUUGGAAAGUUUUGCCCAUUUCUUUGCCGACAUUGGACGAUGGCAUGAAGCUGAGUUGGUAUUCACUGAAGUCUUGAGGGACAAAAGGCAGAUCCUCGGCAAUGAACAUCCUGAUACACUCAACGCGAUGGACAAGCUUGCGACUACGCUACAAAAACAAGGACAACUUAGCAAGGCAGCAGAGAUUCAGAGAGAAGCUCUUCAGAAGAAGCAGCGGAUCCUCGGCAAUGAACAUCCUUAUACACUCAUUGCAAUGGGCAAUCUUGCGUCUAUACUACGAAGCCAAGGCCAACUCAGUACAGCAGCAGAGAUGCAUAGAGAUGUUCUCCAGAAGACACAGCGGGUCCUCGGCAGUGAACAUCCCAACACACUCAUCACGGCGAACAACUUAGCAAUGGCGCUAAGAGAUCAAGGUCAACUUAGCGAGGCAGCCGAGAUGUGGAGAGAACUUCUCCAGAAGUCGCAGCGGAUCCUCGGCAGUGAACAUGUCGACACACUCAUCACGACGAACAACUUAGCAAUCGCGCUAAGAGAUCAAGGUCAACUUAGCGAGGCAGCAGAGAUGUGGAGAGAACUUCUCCCAAAGCUGCAGCGGAUCCUCGGCAAUAAACAUCCCACCACACUGAACACGAUGCACAGCUUAGCAUAUAUGCUAAGCGAUCAAGGUCAAUUUGUUGAAGCAGUAGAAAUAUCAAGAGACGUCCUUGAGAAGACUCGGCGGAUCCUCGGCAAUGAACAUCCCGACACGCUCCUCUCGAUGCACAACCUUGCUUAUAUAUUAAAUGCACAAGGCCAAUUUGACGAAGCACUGGGGAUAUUAAGGGAUGUUACUGAGAAGAGGGCGCGGAUCCUCGGCAAUGAACAUCCCGUCACGCUCCUCUCGAUGCACAACCUUGCUUAUACAUUAGAUAACCAAGGCCAAUUUGACGAAGCACUAGGGAUAUCCAGGGAUGUUACUGAGAGGAGCCGGCGGAUUCUCGGCAAUGAACAUCCCCAGACGCUCCUCUCAAUGCACAGCCUUGCUUAUAUAUUAUAUGACCAAGGCCAAUGUGACGAAGCACUGGGGAUAAUGAGGGAUGUUAUUGAGAAGAGGGCACGGAUUCUCGGCGAUGAACAUCCCGACACAAUCUCAUCAAUGAAACUUCUCUCUGAAAGUCUAUCUGGGAAGAGAAUUGUGCGGUUCAGGAGUAAAGGCGUCAACAAAUUACACACUAGAGUGGGCAGAGAAUUACGACGGUUACGAGAUUCGAUUCGAUCUCCAAGGGAAUAACAACUUCAUGUAUGGUCUCUUAAUACAUUAAGUCAAUGUACAAUCCUUUUUAGGGUCCAAAACUAAUACUGAGCUACGUGCUUCGUGGCAUGAGAUGGCAUAUUAGAUAUCCCAGUGUUGCUGGCGGCCCGGGAUCCGAACUCAAGACCAGCUGUCUCGGUUCUUUCACUGCUUCAAGCUCGCUCGUAAAUUGACAAGGGGGAUUCUUGCUACCUAGCGACGCCAUCCUGGCCUACCAUUCUAUGGUAGUGGUUGACUGAGCGACGAGAUGACUCGCUAGAUUAUCCAUGAAUCUUUGUCUGUCUGGAUGGUUUAUUAGAGUGAUUUCAACAGCAUCGUCCCAAUCGAAUGACUUCCCCUACAUCGAGAGCCUCUUUCUGAAUCGUGUAUCUUUUAAUUCAUCGAUUUGCUCGGUCAGGGAGGCUUGACUGGACAAUUACA